GAGCUCCUGAUAGUCUUCCCUUCGACUGCUUCGAGUAGCAAUUAAACAGUGCUGCGCAUACCUGAACCUAUAAAGCUCACUGACUACUGGCGCAGGCCGGAUGCUAUGGCGAUGGCGGUGACACCAGCUGGGGACGGCCAGCGAUCCAGGAAGCUCGCCGCGGCGUUGUCGAGAACGAGCGCGGCCUUCCUCUUCUUCUCCGUCGUUGCCGUCGGAGUAGUCUUCGCAUCUGCUCGCUGGAUCACCACCGCCACCACUUUGCAGGCAAGCCUCCCCGCCGCCGCGGCCAUUCCCGCCGCCGCCGCUCUCCACCACCAAACACAGCCCCUCAAGCCAUCACCGCGGUCGCCCUCCAGAGCACCACGACCACCACCUGCCGCCUACUCCAUCUCUUGCCCGACCCCUUCCCUCCGCCCCAACAUCUCCCGCGCCGCCACAGCGCCCGAAUCCUCCCAAACCCUAGCCCUGGCCCUCUCCUCCUCGUCCUCCUGCCGCCGCUCCUACCCCGACGCCCCACCGGCCACCAACACCACCGCCGCCCCCUCAUCCUCCAACUCCUCGUGCCCAUCCUACUUCCGCUUCAUCCACGAGGACCUCCGCCCAUGGCGCGCGGCGAGGGGCGUCACCCGCGCCAUGCUCGCGCGCGCCGGCGUGACCGCCAGCUUCCGCCUCGUCGUGCUGCGCGGCCGCGCCUACGUGCAGCGCUUCCGCCCGGCGUUCCAGACGCGCGACCUCUUCACCAUCUGGGGCAUCCUCCAGCUGCUCCGCCGCUACCCCGGCCGCGUCCCGGACCUCGACCUCAUGUUCGACUGCGUCGACUGGCCCGUCGUCCGCACGCACCUCUACCGCGGGAAGCACGCUCCCUUCAUGCCGCCCCUGUUCCGGUACUGCGGGGACGACAGGACCCUGGAUAUCGUCUUCCCCGAUUGGUCAUUUUGGGGCUGGCCCGAGAUAAACAUAAAACCAUGGGAUGCCCUGCAGAAAGAUUUGAAAAAUAGCAAUAGUAGGGUAACAUGGUCCGAUAGAGAACCUUAUGCUUACUGGAAAGGGAAUGCAGCAGUUGCGGUGUCACGACAGGAACUUGUUAAGUGUAAUAUCUCCAGUGCGCAGGAUUGGAACGCAAGGAUUUACACUCAGGACUGGUUCAAAGAGAGCAAAGCUGGGUAUAGAAACUCAAAUUUGGGCAAUCAGUGCACACACAGGUACAAGAUCUAUAUAGAAGGAUCAGCAUGGUCGAUCAGUCAGAAAUAUAUUCUAGCAUGUGAUUCAAUGACACUAUUGGUCACACCAAAAUACUAUGAUUUCUUUUCAAGGUCACUUAUGCCGAUUCAGCAUUAUUGGCCAGUUCGGGAUGACAAUAAAUGUGCAUCCAUAAAAUAUGCUGUUGAAUGGGGCAACUCUCACAAGCAAUCGGCACAGCGCAUAGGAAAAGAAGCAAGCAAUUUCAUUCAAGAAGAGGUUAAUAUGGAUCUUGUGUAUGAUUACAUGCUUCACCUUUUAACGGAAUAUGCAAAGCUUCUAAGGUUCAGGCCAACUAAGCCACCCGAAGCUGUUGAGGUCUGUCCUGAAUCCUUGAUCUGCCAAGCUGAAGACAUUGAGAAGAAGUUUCUUACUGAAUCCAUGGUGAAGUCUGCCCAUGAUUCAGGUCCAUGUGAUUUUCCUCCUCCCUUCAGCCCACUGGAGCUCAAAGUGCUAAAACAGAGGAAAGAAAAUACAAUUAGGCAGGUUGAAAUGUGGGAGCGGAGAGCUUCGGCAGCUUAACAUGCUUUGAGCCCCCUCCUCUUCUUUUUCCCCGUAUACAGGCGGACAUUACAGAUUUGGCUGGCUAUUUAGGAUAGAUCUUCUACAAUCUACAUUGUUGUUAAUCUGGUGUUAACUAAUACUCCCUCCGUUCACUAAUGUAAGAUAUUUUAGCCUUUCAAGUAAAUGCAUGUAUCUAGAUUUAUUUUAGUGUGCAGGUUCA